GGAGGAGGAGGAAGAGGCCUCCAAGACAGCUCCAAGAUAGCCGAAGAGGCUUCCAAGAGGGCCCUGGGCGCCCCUCAGUAGCCAUUUUGGCUCAAGCCUUUGUGGCCCAAGAUUGUUGGACUCGAGAGCGUCCUUCCUGCGCCACGCCUGGGCUAACCGGCUUCGGGCAAUGGCUCCCACAUCAUGCGGAAGCUUCAUGUUCAUGUGCCUGGCGUGUGCGGGGCUGGCCCUGACGUGGUGGUGCAACCUGAUGAUGCAGCCCAUGAUUGAUAUGUUGUUGAAGCCAUGGGUGCUGCUUGAUUCGGGUCACGGUCGUCGGGUAGUCCUUGAGUUCUUCUUUGGGCAGACAGCCAACUCAACAUCAACAGCUGCCUGCGUGUCAUUAUUACUGUCUAUUGGUCCGAUCGUUAUCACAAAUUGCCGCGCAACAAUGGGCAACCUUCCGACACGCUUGCUGUUCCACUAUCUUGGUCUGACAGUUGCCGUCGCAUUUUCGUUUCCACUGCAGUGCGCACUAUGCCAGCAGCCACAGAGACCUCCUGCCGAUGAUAGGAUGGUGUUGACCUCCACACUCACCAUUGGAGGUAUUGGAACGUUUGUGCUGCUGGGCACACGCAGCGUAGCUGGCGCCACUACCUGGUGCUAUGUUCUCACAGCAGUUGUGCCUCUCAUCUACGACCGACUUGCCGCAACAUCUGUACCCACAAGCCUUCAGGCCCUUGGCACUAUCAAUAUGUUGGUGUGCGCUGCUUUCUGGGCCAACGCUCUGUGGCAGCAAGACGGCAGCCCAUGGGUGUCUCCGGCAACUGCCUCGAUCUUCUGGGAUCUUGCAGUCGUGUCUAUUUGCUCGUGCGCGUGGACUGCGAAGCACGUCGGCGACUUCGGGCUCGCGCUGCUCGGGCUCGCCUGCCCGGCCGCCUGCAUCCCCUUCGCGUUCGCGCGCCUGGCCGAGAUGGCUGCGGAGGGGUACGUGCCUGUGGCCGAGUGAAGAUCACGAGCGGUGCUUAGCUCGCCGAAUCGAGCUAGCAUCCUUGCCAGCCAUCCUCUUCCGACCGUCCCGUUUUGUCGGGUUCCCUAUCUUCCUCGCUUUUCGGGCUGAGGUGCACGAUUUCGCCGUCGGCGAGAGGUUCCAGUCCACUUAAUACCAACUUUGUACAAUUUUUGUACAAGUGGACCGUCCAACUUCUCUGCGCGGCUCGCGCCAAUUUGCACCAUUUUCAAUGGCUGUCCGUUGUCCAGCGUUUCUGAGACUUCUGUGAAGGGUCGCGCCGAUCAGCACUACUCUCAAAUUGUCUGUUUAAAACAGCUUCUGAGACUUUGUGCUUGGCUUGUGCCACUUUUCACCACUUUCAGUGGCUGUCCGGCAGCAUCUGGUUGCUAUUCAAGCCACCGCUUUGAGGCUGCUGCGUGGGUCCUAUCCCCCAGCAUGUCUGUAAUGCGGUCCGUCCACGAGAGCCGCCGCAGGUUCCUGGCGCCCAGCUGUGAGGCGUGCAUCUCGAACCCGUGCUCGAGCGGAAGCCCCUAUUCCGCAGAA